ACCUCAAAGAGAACUGAACAGAAGACACACAGCCAUGGCACCUACAAUCAGUGGACCAUUGAUUUUCACUAGAGAACAACUUUCAUUGACAAAUAAGCUGAGAAAGCCAAUCGUGGAGAAGAUCCGCAGAGAGCGUAUCAACAGCAGCAUUGAGAAGCUCAAGUCUCUUCUGGGUCAAGAGUUCCUGAUGCAACAGUCCUACUCCAGACAGGAGAAAGCUGAUAUCCUGGAGAUGACGGUUGAAUUCUUGAGACGAAAGCAGCAGAAUCCCUCCGCCUGCUCCACUGCAGCUCAUGAGGGCUACUCCAGAUGUGUGCAGGAGGCCGUCAACUUCCUGUCUCAGUGUCAAGUGCAGACUCAGUCCCAUACAAGACUGCUGAAGCACUUCUUCAACAUGCAGCCUUCCGCGGAGAAGAGCACAAUUGUCCUGCCUCAGCUCAAUUCACCAGCCUGCCAGACCAGCAGCAAAGAGCAAACUCCAGUCUGCUGUGGACUCUGGAGACCCUGGUAGAGUCUCAAGGACACCUUAUGAUUUAUGAAACAGAAUUCAGCAUGCCAGUCUGAGAUUGGCAUGGAGUGAAAUUCUAAUGUAGGAAUUUAUUUCCACUUCUGCUGCAUUUGCAGAAUGCUUUAAUUACUUUCAGAGAAAGUAUGUAAUUUUUGGAAACUGUGCGACCUAUAAUAUUUUGUCAGAAUGUAUAGAAUAAUUUGCCAUCUCAAGUGAUACAAAGUAUUUGGUCAUAGAAAAGUUAAAGUCUGAUUUAAACAUUUCAGCUCUUGCAAGUAUUUCACCCAUAUUGGGUUUAUCCUCUCUGCAUCUAAAGGAUGCUUACACAGCUUUCAUUUACUGAAAGCACAUACAUUUCUGUUGUUUGAAUGUAUAGAAUAUUUUGCCAUGCAAAAUGAUUAUUACAUUCAUGAACAAUAUGGUACAACGUAUUUGGUCAUAGAAAAGUUAAAGUCUGAUUCAGACAUUUGAGCUCUUGUAGGCCUUUCACCCAUACUGGGUUUUUACUCUCUGCAUCUAAAGGAUGUUUAAUCUGCUUUCGUUUACUGAAAGCAUUUGAUACAUAUUUCUAUUGUUUGAAAUGUAUCCAAUGCUUGUCUUAUCAUAUAAGAAAUAUUUCUUUAUUUGAAAGAUAUUUUAUUCUGUGUUAAAAAAACAAAUGCUUCAUUUUAGCGUUUGCAUGUGUUUACAUGAAAUGUACUUUCUCCCUGUAAAGGGCAGUAUAUAUACUCACUGAGUGAUUUGAAUUGUAUCUUUUAUUAGCAAUGUUUGUUUAUUUUGUUUGAAAAACAUUAUUUCUCUUAUUAUAUAAGAAAUAUGUCUUCAUUUGAAAGAUUUUUUAUUGUCUGUGAAAAGCAAAAAUGUCUUUAUUUUCUUUAUUAUGUUUGCAUAUAUUUACAUGCAUGUAUUGUACUUUACCCCUGUACAGGGAAGUUUUAUACUCACAGUUAGUGAUAUAGAUUUACCUGUCUGAAGGAGACUCAAGUUAUCACCUUCUUUGAAGGUACACUCUAUGCAAUGCUUCAUAUUUGAAGCAUAAUAUGAAAAUAAAUGUGAAAAUAUAAACUAAA